AUGGCGGACGCUCCCGACGCGCAAGACGCGCUGGCCUCGUUCAUGAGCAUCACGGGCGCCGACUCCGGCAGCGCGCUCCAGUUCCUCGAGCUCACCAACUGGAAGCUGGCCGAGGCGGUCAACCUGUUCAUGGAGAGCGGCGGCCAGAGCGCCAGCACGGCGUUCGCGCCCCCGCGGCAGCCCGCGGCCCGCGCCGGCGGCUCCAGCUUCAGUCCGCCGCCGACCGCGCCGUCCUCGGACAUGGACGCAGCCACCGCUGCAGCCAUCGCCGCCGCCUACGGAGAAGAUGACAACGCGGUGCGCGCGCCCGACCCGUCCAAGCGCCAGCGGCUCGUGGAGUCGGAGAUGGACCUCCUGCGGCCCAUGCGCCACCUGCGCGACCAGAACCGCGACUUCGCGGCCGAGAGCAUCGCGGCGAUGACGGCCGGCAGCAUCUCCACGGCCUUCGGAGGCCCCGGCGCCGCGGCGUUCGGUGAGGCCAGCAACGACGCGAACGGAUCCGCCAACAACGAGCGCACGCGCGAUCUGAGCACGCUCUUCCAGCCGCCGACCGCCAUCAUGUUCCAAGGAACUUACGCCGACGCUCGCACGCUUGCCAAGAACGAGGGCAAGUGGCUGCUGGUGAACAUCCAGGACGAGAUUGUGUUCACCAGCCACAUGCUGAACCGCGACACGUGGAGCGACGACGUAGUCCAGAAUCUUGUUGCCAGCGGCUUCGUGUUCUGGCAGAACUAUUGGGCGUCGGAGCACGGCAAGAAGUUUUGCAGCCUCUACCAGAUUGACCGCGACUCGCUUCCGGUCGUGGUGAUCAUUGACCCGCGAACAGGAGAAAUCCGGCAGCGCUGGACAGGGUUCCUCGAGCCGCAGGAUAUGACUGAGAAAUUGUCGGACUUCUGCUGUAUGCACACGCUCGAUGCACCGCCGACCGAGCAAAAGAAGGAAGCGGAGCCGAACAUUAUGGAUGCAUCCGAAGAUGAUCAGCUCGCUGCAGCGAUUGCCGCGUCGAUGCAGGAUAACAAUGGGGGAAGCGACGAUGACGAGGCGAAGGAAGCGGACGAUGACAUGGACGAGGAAGAAAAGCACGAGGAGGAGGCACAGGAUCCAGUUGUGGCGUUGACACCAGAACCCGAUGCUGGGGCUCCUGAUGUGACUCGAGUUCAAAUUCGCGUACCCGAUGGAACUCGCUUAACGCGGCGUUUCCUCAAGACUGACCCCCUCGCAAUGGUGUGGACAUUCGUCAAGGAUCAAGUUCCUGAAGCUCGAGGACGAGCGUUCGAGUUGCGUACUGCCUUUCCUCCGAGCGCCGUGGCCUACAAUGACACGUUGUCCAUCGAGGAGGGCAAGCUCGAAAACGCGUCACUCAUGGUCAAAUGGCUGUGA